AUGCCAGUUAGAAAAUAUAGAAGGGAUACAAGUGAAGUCAGCUGUUGCUUAAAAUAUGUUAUUUUCGGAUUUAAUGUUUUGUUUUGGUUAUUGGGCCUUGGAAUAUUAGCAAUUGGAAUUUGGGCCUGGAGCGAAAAAGACACUUUUAACAAUUUGAGUCGCCUUACGAACGUAGCAUUAGAUCCAGCAUUUAUAUUGAUAUUAAUAGGUACGGUGACGUUUAUAAUUGGAUUUGCGGGAUGCGUGGGAGCACUUAGGGAAAAUACUUGUUUGUUAGCCGCCUACGCCAUUUUUCUAGCGAUAUUACUCCUUUUGGAAAUGACGGUAGGAGUUUUAGGUUUCAUAUUUAAAGAUUCGAUAAAAGCUCAAGCAACUCACGGCUUCCAAGUUUUCAUAAAACAUUACAGGGAAGAUCCUGAUCAGCAAAAUUUAAUAGACUGGAUUCAGGAAGACUGGCUGCAAUGUUGCGGUAUCGAAGGACCCAAAGAUUGGGAUAGAAAUAAUUAUUUUAAUUGUUCUUCGAGAGAAGUCGGAAGCAGAGAAGCUUGCGGAGUACCGUUUUCUUGUUGCAAAAGAAAACCUAACGAAAUAAUUAAGAAUAAGCAAUGCGGUUACGAUGUUAGAAAACCGGGUUACGUAAAAAGAAACAUAUUCGAAAGGGGAUGCCUGAGAGCCGGGGAAGAAUGGGUAGAAACAAAUCUUGUGCCUGUUGCCGGAGUUGCCGUCGGGGUUGCCGUUCUUCAGAAAUACGACGUUGGAAAAAUAAUAAACGAAAAAGGUUGCGUACAAGCUGGAGAAGAAUGGAUGGAACACAAUUUGCUCAUAAUUGCAGGUAUCGCAAUAACCACGGCUUUUCUUCAGAUACUCGGAAUUUGCUUCGCUCAAAAUCUUCGAGCCGACAUAUUUGCACAAAAAGCCAAAUGGCACUGA